GGGUCGGGCGCUGCCCUAUAAAAAGCCGUCAUCAGGUUUUCGAAGCCUCAGAAGUGACUUGUUUCUUAGACAAAGCGGAAGCAGCAGGCUCUUUGGAAAUGGUUCGGAUCGGAUUAGUUGGUAUUGUGAUCCUAUUGAUUGGGAUGGCAGUGUGCUAUCCCCAAUUCGACAACGGGAACCCUUGGUUGCGUCCCCAGCAACCAAAGCAGCCUCUAUUAUUUCCAGACGGAGGAGGCAGCACCACGACCACCACCCCUCGUCCAACCACCCAGUCCCCGCGUUUCUAUGCCUGCCUCCAGUCUUGCCCGGCGACCAGCGAGUAUAAUCCAAUUUGUGGCAGUGAUAGCGUAAACUACUACAACGAAAACAAAUUCAACUGCGCCAUAAACUGCGGCUUAAAUAUCCAGCAGUUGCAUAGGGGAAUUUGUUAGACCUAUUCUAAAUUCGAGAUCAUCGCGAGCAUCUAGCAGCUGUUUUACAUAUGUAUAUAUUACAUUUCUCAAUCCUACGUCUGAUCGAUGACAUCAGAGAGCAAGCACAAAUAAACAUACAAUAUACA